UUUGAAUAAGUCACAACAACGCAUGGAUUAAUACAACGUCGGAGCAUGAUGCCACGAUACCGGCCAACUAGUCCAUGGUGGCCUGAAGCCACACGGAUAGGGUUCUUGACUCCGGAUAGUUGUAGACGUCAUUCGAGGAGCACAAUUCUCCUUCGUCUCCAUUUCUGUGGAGUACCACCUAUACUAAGUAUCGUCUUCGUCUGGACCAAGCUGACGUAUUUUUACACCGACUGAAUAUUGUCACCAUCAUGGCCGACAUUCAGACCAGGCUCUUUUCAAAGGAUUAUAGUGGCCUUGUUAAUCAGUCGGUCAUAACAAUUGUAGUAGUCGUGAUGUCUGUGACGUCGCACGAGAUCCUAAAGAGAAGGAGACGCGGAUUUCACAUCCAGCCUGAGGGGCUUGGAAGCGUCGAGUCUUGGGAGUUUGGCUACCUGUAUCAAGGUCGUUCGUGGGCACGGAAUCCUUCCCCGCCGACGCCGAAAGGCUGGCCAUUAUCUUGGGUCAAGGACAGCAUCACUCUCCCCCAGGCGAAGCUUAAUGAACUUAGAGGAGUCGAUGCAACGUUGUAUGUGCGUUUCCUGCGCGGGAGCCUAUUCUUUGUCCUCGUCCAUACGUUUACGACCACUCCCAUCCUUCUUCCGAUACAUAUCCACUUUUCCCCAGAUGACGUUUCACUGCAGUCAAUGACAAGAGCAUCAAUUUCUUCACUCGUAGAAAAUCAGCAAGGUCGCUCCCUUCUCUGGAUUCACAUUUGCCUCCUCUUCUGGAUCACGCUUACCUGGAUGUGCAACCUCUUCUACAUUUGCAAUGGAGCAUUCAGAUUACGAGCAGCCAAAAUAGAAAGUGCCAUACGCAGUGUGGAGUCCGAUACCAUGACCGAGAGGGAACCACAAUAUCAUCCCCAUCCUCACCCACAGUACCCCUUCCAGGAUAUUCCAUCCCUUGACACCGACCAGUCCAACCGUGGUUUACGUCUGCGUACCGUGAUGGUGACCAACGUGCCGGUACAGCUUCGCUCAGAAAAGGAGCUCAAGGAGUACUUUGAGUAUUACCUGUCGCGAUCUCUCGACAAGCCUUCCCUUGGCUUCUCAGCAUCAACUCAACCAGGUCUAUUCAACAAAUUGUUCGCUUUUGGUUUCAAUCGAGCAAAGCGUAUUCCGCAGAAUAUAGGUAUGUCUACAGGCGAAACUGCCAAUAGGAGUCAGGAAGGAAGCGACGGUGUCCCACUUGGACAAAUUCCCGGUCCAAACCUGGGAAAUGUGCCACCUAUCGACAGAGUUGUCAUUGCACGACGAAUGACGGAACUGGCGUCAUUGCUGGAACGGCGCGAGGAGAUCCUCCGUCGUUUAGAGGGCGCGCACAUCAGAUUGGCAAAGAAGGCACUCUUAGCGGUGCACGGUGUAGAACAUACACCCAGCUCAAGGGAGGACACCACCAUACCCAGGCCUGCUAGGACUCCAGAUGUAGAAAGCGGAUGUAGUCAAGCCCACAACAGACAACAGAACAGUGAUACAGACUUACUCGUUCAGACACUCUCACCGUUUCUGGUUGAUUACCAGCUAACCAGCGACUCUGCGCCCUCAAAGCACAAACUCAUUUUGAAAACGGAGGUGGAUCCGGAGACGGAUAACGUCGACCCACACAAGACGAUAUGGGAUGCACUUCUCAGUUUACCGCGAAACAUACUGGACCCAUACCAGCCGUUGAUCCACCUUUCUGUCUUUUUCCGUGGGAAGACCGUGCCGAGCAUUGAUUAUUACACUGCCAAACUCCACCUCCUUACAUCGUUGAUAACGAAGGACCGAGCGCGGGCCGCUACGGAAUACGACGCUGUAUCAACAGCGUUUGUAACCUUCAAAGAUCCAGCAGAUGCAAGGAAGGCGUGCGAGUACUUAGCAGUGCAUCCUAACAACCCACUUGCAUGUCUUGUGACGAUGGCCCCGCAGUAUGAAGACAUUGAUUGGACAAGGGUUAUGAGGUCAACUUACCAAGUGGAUAUUCUCAAAGAUUGGGCAGUAAACAUUGGGGUCUGGGGAUUCACGAUAUUCUGGGUUUUUCCGGUGUCCUUGUUUGUUGGUCUUGUCUCCAUUCAAAGCAUUUCGACGCUCUGGCCCAGUUUGUACAAUUAUCUAUCCAGUCACCCUUGGGAGGAAGAGGUCAUUCAAUCAUUCCUUCCAACUGUCCUUAUCUCGCUACUCGCGAUCCUCAUUCCGCCCAUUCUUCUACUCAUUGCGAAGAAGGCCCACACGAUCAUCACUCUUUCCGUAAUGCACGACACGAUUAUGACUCGUUACUAUAAAUUUUUAAUUGUCAAUGUCUUGGUGUUUUUCUGUGUUGGAACCGCUGCACUCCAGUCUUUCCUUUCGUUCAAGACCGUAUCCGAGAGUGGGAUAAUAAAUACUGUCGCUGGUAGUUUCCCGACAGCCGGACCUUUCUAUGUUGGAUGGUUGAUCUUCACCACUGCAAUUCAUGGAGGCUUAGAGCUUGCGUUGUUUGGUUUGCCUUUGUUCGGUUAUCCCUCCACCAAGCGACAUGUAACUCCGAGGAAAAGAGCUGUUGGAAUUCGCCCACGAACAUUCAAUUUCUAUUACUGGCUACCAAACCACCUCCUGGUCAUUCACGUGUUACUCCUCUUCGCUCUACUUAACCCACUUGUCAUACCCUUCGGGUUGUUGUAUUUCUCAGUUGAGACUGCUGUUGUAAAAAAUCAGUUGCUACAUGUUUAUGCGAAGAACUACGAGUGUAAUGGUCAGAUGCUGUUGAUCCGUAUCCUUCGUUAUUCAUUGGAUGGAUUGAUGCUAUCUCAAUUCGUAUUCCUGGCGUACAUGGCUGUGUUGCGGAUAACUGUCAAUGUAGCACUAUCGGCUUUCUUAUUCGUCUUCACCGCGAUCGUCAAGGUGAUUUUGACACGAAUGUGCCGCGCCAGGUUCGAGCAAUAUGAUGCUGAGGAGGCGCAGGUGGUCUGCAGGAUGGGCACGGGAGAAUCUGAAGACAGCCCUGAAAGCCAGAUUAUCACAUCAAACUACCCUGGUAGUGCUGAGGACGCACCAGUCGACGCUGAGGCUCACCCUUCGAGAUUCCAGGCAUGGCGCUUACCGGCCUGGGUGAAUUUCUCUUAUUCGACCGUUCCUCGAAGACCUCGACUGCAUGAGCAUCGUAAACCGAAUCCGUUCGGCCCUCACGCCAGUUCGUUCUCGCAGCUACAUUCAGUUGAUGAAAACGAAAAAACCCCAUCGACCUCGAUCCAAGGAGAACCAUCUACUGCCAUUCUGGAUAGGACGGUUGAAUCCCCACUUUCUGAACGGCAACGUCAGCCUCUGGCACGCAUCUCGACUUCUCUCGUACAACGACAUCCACCUCUUGCAACGUGGGAUGAUGAACCCCGUCACGACAUCCCUUAUGAUAACCCUUACUACACACGACCUAUCAGUAAUGCCCUCUGGCUCCCAAGAAAUCCGCUAGGUCUUCUUGACCUCGAUGACACUGUUGAUGUCUACCAAGCUUUAACAAGCGAGCCCGGUACUGGUGAUUUGAGUCACUCGUUCGAUCCCGACUCUUCCGCAUCCCCUGCAUUUCAGCUCCCCAGCUCAGUGCCCGGCGACGAACCUAGGCAAUACAGCGGUAGUGAAGUUAUCAAUCUUCCUGAAGGCAUUCAGUCCCGCAUCGUCACCAUUGAUCAAGAGGUUGAUGUGGAAUCCACAAGACCACGCCGUCCAUCCUUGUUCUCUCGACAUCGCUCGGGUAGCAAUGUCAGCAUGAAAAGUGGUGACCGCGGUCUUCCAGGUCGAUCGCAGACCAUGGACUGCAGUCGCCCCGCAUUCCCUCGCAAGUCGUUCUCAGACCACGCACCAAGAUCUCUUCGUGAAAGGGCAUCUUCGUACCUUCCACCACCCAACCUUCACUUCCACUCUCAGUUUCGUGGCCUUGACCCUGGGUCUCGGCCAGAUCUGCACGCGCAGGCUGAAUUUGCGCGUUCUACGGCAUCGAUCGUGAGGCAUGGUGGUUCGCAGGUAUCGCUACAUCCCAUCGAUGCGACUCCUCAAGAAGCUGUCGUAACAACCCGAGAAGCUGUCGUGACUGAAGCAAUUGCAGAAGAACAUCUAGCGACGGAGGAACGGUUGAGAAAGGAGCAUGCAGCUGCUGAGUUAAAUCAUAGGUCGACGAGACGGCCUUGGUUUACAUCUUGGCUUUAUGCUAAGGUUCAGUGACGAACUGAGUACCCUAGGGGCUGAUUAUUAUUUUGAGACACCUUUUGUGGAACCGACAUGUGAUGACCAGUCGGAAGUGCAUCUAGUUCUAGACUGAAGCUCUGUAUCAGUACUAGGACAAAUUCAAUGGCGCGGCCAGUGCCGUCAGAGGUCAAU